AAUGCCUAAGAAACUGCAGUAUUGCAGUGUUUAUUUUUCGUUGUGAUUUUGUUGUUUUUCUUCCAAAAUGCUGCUUUCUUUUGCUUCUACUUGCUGCAGAUCUACUCGGAAAGCAUUGAGAACCGGUGGAGCCUUCAGACGUCUGGCCACUCUAGGUGAAUUUGACAUCGAAGAAUUUAAGCUCCAUCGUCUAGACGAAGGUCCACCAAACAAAGCCACAAUGACUAGAGACGAAGGACUUGAUUAUUAUAAACAAAUGACAACAAUAAGGCGAAUGGAGAAUGCAGCAGAUAAACUGUACAAAGCAAAAAUCAUCCGUGGGUUUUGCCAUUUGUAUUCUGGACAGGAAGCAUGCGCAGUGGGUAUGGAACAUGCCAUAAAUAGAGAAGACAGUGUCAUAACGGCAUACAGAUGUCAUGGAUGGACAUACAUGCGAGGAAAAUCAGUAAAAGAUGUGUUAGCAGAGUUGACAGGUCGUGUGACAGGAACAACGAGGGGUAAAGGUGGAUCUAUGCAUAUGUACGGCUCAGAGUUUUACGGUGGCAAUGGGAUUGUUGGUGCACAGGUGCCUCUUGGUGCUGGCAUUGCGUUUGCUCACAAGUACAGAAACAAUGGGAAAAUAUGCUUGACUUUAUAUGGCGAUGGUGCAGCCAAUCAGGGACAGGUAUUUGAAACGUUCAACAUGGCAAAACUCUGGGACUUGCCUUGUGUCUUUAUCUGCGAGAACAACCAAUACGGAAUGGGUACUGCAGCAAAUCGUGCAUCUGCCGUCACAGAUUUUUACACCCGCGGUGAUUUCAUCCCCGGAAUUCAGGUUGAUGGUAUGGAUGUGCUCGCUGUAAGAGAGGCAACGAAGUUUGCCGCAGAUUUUGUGAGGUCAGGCAAGGGUCCUAUUCUUUUGGAAUGUGUGACGUAUCGUUACUAUGGUCACAGCAUGAGUGAUCCAGGUGUAAGUUAUCGCACACGUGAUGAGAUUCAAAAUGUCAGAAAGACUCAAGAUCCUAUCGCUAGCAUUAAAGAAAAAAUUUUAUCAGCAGACCUCGUAACUGAAGAUGAACUAAAGGCGAUUGACAAGAAUGUCAAAACGGUAGUGGACGAAGCUGUUGAAGAAAGUCAAAAAGAUCCAGAAAUCGCAUUAGAGGAACUCUACCGGGAUAUAUAUAGUAGUGGUAUGAAUGGAGCUGGAAUCAGGGGGUGUGAUCCCAUGACAAUAGGGAUCCACAACUAAAACAUAUUAAACAUUUUCAACAAGUAUAUAUUGCACGCUAUGGUGAUACAGUGAAGACAACUAAUUGAUGACAUUAUUUAAUGUGAAUGUUUUAAUCACCACAUAGCAUCAUUUUAAUGUUAUGCUGUAUUUCAGAAUGAUUAUAUUACAACUUUUAGUUUAUUUGAAGAACGUAAUAAUACUUUUGCAUUGAGGAUGAUUUAGAAUUGAAAUAAAUAUAAUUCAAAAGA